AUGCAGUUCGCCAUCGCUUCCAUUAUCCUCGGCUUUGCCGCCAUCGCCUCCGCCGGUGUCGCUGGUGAUGCCAGUAUCUUCGCUCGUCAAAAUGCCGGCCGUCCAGUUCCUUCAGGAAAUUGCUGUGUCGCUGCCACUAGCGUGAAGCAGGAUACUUGCACUGCUACCAACGGACAAACUGGAAAGUGUGUGCCAGGUGGUGCUGGAGCUUGCAACGGUGCGCUUAACUGUGUCGCCGACUCGGGCUUAACUUGCGAUGCCAGCAUCAUUGAGCGUGGCAAGCCUCUUUGCCGUGCUAAGGUUGCCAACGGUCUCCAGGAUGGAGCUAAGGUCAUCACUAGCCUUUCUCAAGCCAAGGUCAACUAA